AUGCCACUUCACCCCGUUUACAGCGAUGAAAAUGACAUGCAAGAGAGGAUGCUCGAACUAGAGCAAGAACUCUUAGAGUUUCAAAAAUCCAGUAAGGAGUUGGAGGAGGCUCUCGAGGAUGAACUUAGUGAGCUCGAAAACAAAAACAAGCUACUAGUUACGCAGAUCAACGCGAAGGAUGAGAAGCUACAACAACUCACAUUACAAUUAAGUGACGCUAAUGCAGAAAUCUUCAGGAUCCAAGAAGUACUGGCUGAAGAUAAAGUUAAGUUGGAGAAAGAGAUUCUUGCCCUCAAGCAGAAGCUUGUCGAGGUCGAGAUUCUGAACGAUGAUAUGGGUAUGAACGACAGGAUACUUGAGAACAACCUCCAUUUUGCAAAGCUGCUAAAUAACGAUUUGUUGGAGAAGCUAGCAUUAGUCGAGAGCGAUUUGGAGACGGAGAAACAAAUCAAUGCCCAGCACAAGCUCCGCAUCUCCAAUCUUGAAUCCGAGACCCUUCGACCUCUACCCAAAGCUCGUCAUCUGCAGCAAGUAAAGCCCAAAUCCAAGCGCCAAAGUGUCGCAAGAAGUAUUAUGUCCGUGGCGGACACUACAGCUGAUGGAACGAUUCUCGAUUUGAAUGAGUUCCUUGCAUCCGCACCUCCAGAAGCCAUUCAUCCCAACAGCAAUAUACCAAGGUCAGGCUCUCGAGGAAAAAUCCAUGAGCAGUAUCUCAGGUCCGAGGAGAUAGUACAAAAAGUUGGUCAAAUGAGCCAUUAUCUCGGCUUGAAGUCAAACUCAACAAUUCAGGUUUCAGAUCACGAAGUUCAGACGCCGCCUUCCGACAAGGAGACUCAUGGACAGCUUCCAAUGCCUGUUGAAUUCGAAAAACUCAUUGCAAGCUUCGACAAGGAGGAGGCAUUUGAGUAUGCUAGUGAAUUGUAUCUCGAGCUCAACAAUUAUGCAGCUGCAGAAAAGGAAAUCAACUACCAAGAAGUAUGGACCAACUUGACGCGAUUAGUCCAUAGCUACUGCGGGCUGAAACAAACUGAAGUCGAAUCUAAGAGCAAGUCCAAAGCCUCGGAAGAAGAUCAUAAUCUCAGGCAGAGGGGAUCUUUGAAUGUGUUCAAACUCAUCUCAAAGAAUCUCAUCAUUGUGCUUGCGAAGCUCACUAACAAGAUAUAUGACACAGCCAACGACCUCCUUCCUUUCCUCACACUAACAGAUACCGGCUACCUUACGGCGGCUGGUCGAGUUGCUUCGGUCUUGCUCAUUGAUCUUUUUGAGACCUAUCCGCAUCAUUUGACAUCGCUUCUCAAUUUUGGAGCUACUGUGACCUAUAAGUUGAUCAAGAAGAAUUCGUCUUCUGAUGCUAACAUAAUAUAUCUUCUUGACACAAUCUUGAAAAAUGCUCUGAAAGCUGACAUCGAUGAUAAGUUUCAAGCCAAAUUGAUCAAGUUGUUCCUGAAGGGUAUCAUGCUGAGCACAUUGUGGAGCAGGGAAAAUGAGGUGGAAUCGAAUACUGGCUCUGUCAAACAAGUGGAAUAUUACCUUUUGGGAUUCAAGAGUCUUCUCAUUUUACAGUCGUCCUCUCAUUACGAACAUCUCCUUGAAUUUUCAGCUUCGUCGACGUCGGGCUCUAAGAUGAAACCUGAAGCCAUCAUGGCCCAACAGCACCAAUAUCAGACCACUCUUUUAGCAACUCACAAAAAGGUUUUUGAUUUUGGUUUUUCUUCUCAGUUUCCGCUGAUAAGACACGCGACUGUGAUCCUCUUGGCCCAUGUACUUCACAACUUUGUUGAUACCGGAAGAUUCAGCGCGAUAGAGUACCUUGUUGAAUCAUACCCACUUCCUAGUUUCAAGAAUUGGAGCAAUCAAGCCACUCAUAGACUUGACAAUGAUGUCGAGCUUGGCUCUCCCGCUAAAAAGGAUCACAACGUUAUUUCCAUCCACGAUAGUGAAGGUUUGAUCAACGCCAGCCUCAGUCAAAAAAAUCAAAGAUCAGGAAUAGCGGAAUCAUUGGUUUUAUACUUGCAAUUACAGCAAUUUCAAGAUUGGAGCUAUAUUGCAUCAUCCAUCUGUACGAUUCUCGAUACGAUUCUUGCAAAAUUCGGUGGAUUGGAUGACAGCCGUCAUAUUCCAACUUCUGAGUGGAAUUUUGUUUUAUCUCAGUGGAUGAUAAUUGUGGAGUUUUUGAUUAAGGAAAGCGGCGCCUCGGUUCAUGAGGUCGUGGCUCAAUAUAUCGUUAAUCGCUUCUCUGCUUCUCCCGAGGUAGGGGGAAUAUCCCGAUCUGCUUCUCCCGACCCAAGACUGUUGAAGUCUCGUAACGAGAGUAAGCUCUUCAACUUUAAAUCAAGCAAAAAGUUGAAAGCUAAGGGGGUCGAAAACAACCUCAUCGCCCCGUACAAAAAUCCAUAUCAGUUAUCCCUUCUACUUCGGGUAAUCAACCUUCUUAUUCCAUACGCGAUCAAUUUUACUUCCUUGGAUGUGCUGCACCCUGAUGGUGCUAAAGAGGAUAACGAUGUUAAAUCAGCAAACGAGAGCCAGUCUGUUGUUCUCGACGGUGACAGUGCACUUCCUGCCAGGGGAAAUGAUUACAUCAGCAACCUUCUUCUAUCGUUGCUCGUCAAUGACUCUGAACAAAUCAGAAACAGUGCUACCGCAUCUCUUUUACUAUACGCUGAUGUCAAUAUGUCUCACAGUAACAGUUUGAUUCUUCAACUAUUCCAUUUGGUUACACUGGAGUUGAAUUCGGAGACUCAAAAAGAAACCACUUCUUCGGAUAACAACGUCUCUGGUUUUCAAGCUACAAGACUUUUCAGCUACGCUCUUGCGUUGCUGUCUUUGAUCAAACAGGCGGACUCGACCCUUUUACAGAACUCAACUAUUGCGAAGAUUUUAAGUUUCUGUACUCAAAAUUUGAAACACAGCAGCAGCGCCAACAAGAAAUUUCUCAGCAACGCUGCAUGUUGGAUUAUCAUGUCUAGUUUAGUGACUUUUAAUGAGACAUCCGAAUUUGUCAAGUUGAACUCGUCGCAAUUCUUGGUGUUUUGGAAAAAUCUUUUGACUUCACAAUUUGUGAACGCAGAUAUUGGGAAUUUGUCCGACACUUCUCAACUCAACGAGGUUAUGAAUAAUCUAAUGUUGCGCUCCCUAAGCCUUAUAUGCUUGCACAACUAUAUUGGAUCUGUUCAAUCAUCGAAUGAGCUUUCAAGGCUGCUUCAAUUUUUGCUUGUUAAAUCAUACAACUAUCUCACCUACUUGGAGUCUACAUUUGAAGAAAUUGGUGCUUUGACUGCUUUUAAUGCACAGCCUUUCAAUGAGAGCGAUUUCAAUCCAAACCUUGUUAGCAACCUCAUUUUUUCAAACUUCAACACGUCCAAUUUGUUACCACCACAACAUCGCUUGAUAAGCUUGAUACUUUAUAACAAGAAGGUUGUUCUACAGGGCUUUAUAAAACUUGCGCCUUCUCUUAAACGUGAUGUGAACUCCAGUCUUGUCGUGUUCCUCACGAGGGUUUUUGCUGACGCGAAAGGCUUCUCUCGUUUACCCUUGACAGAUGCCAAGAAGGACAAAAACAAGACUAGCAAGAGCAAAUCUUCACAAGGUAGGGCUCCUCAUGACAACGCGUUCCUCCUUGAGCUAGAUGAGGACUAUAACUACAACUUUGGAGUCACAAGUGGGCUUAAAUCUGCGAUUAAGGGAUCAACACCCCAACCAAACACAGCUUUUGGUAGUACUGAUACACUGGACAAUAACUCUGCGAACAAAGAUUUUUUGGGAUGGCCUACACUGUUUGAGGUAAAGGUAGAUGAGAUAUCUUGCCGAGGAUUUAAUAAUGAUCCUGCCGCAUUUCUUCUCAAAGACACGCUGAAUUCAACAAGCCAUGCUACAGAAAUACUCACCACAAUCGUGGAUAAGUCCAUUGAACUUUUCCAAUACGUUUUUCCCAACUUGACUUUCAAGAUCCAGUUCUCGCUUCUCGAGCAGCUCAGAGCAUCUUUGACGCAAACCAAUAUGGACCCUUUGAGACGGUUAGCCAUUCAAGUGAAUGAUACCUUCGCUCUUAAUGGAUUACUCAAAUACUACAGUGAAUCAGGAACUUCAAUGGAUGCGCAAAUACUUACUGCGUUGAUCGACACAGUUGAGAAAAUUGAUCUGGACAAUCUACAGCUCAACAAUUUGAAUGCGCAAACAGUUGGAAUGGCAUCAGCAAUGCUUUCAAAAGCUGACGUUGAAAGUAUUGUGGCUCGCUACGUCAAUGAGAUUGUGACACAAUCUGCACCUUCGGCGAGAGGAAGGGUACUCAUGUAUCUCGCUCAAAUCUACAAGUACAGCCAUGCUGGCUAUUCUAAUACCCUCGAUGUUGUACUUCAGCUCAUCAAGGACCCAAAUCCAAUCAUGGAGCAUUACGCUUCUAGUGCAGCUGCCACUUUGUUGGAGAACUCUUUGGGUAACGAGAUCUUGGUGAAGUCUUUGAUGGAGCAAGUUUAUUCAAACAUUUUGAAUGACGAUUUCGGCAUGAACCUUGAUAAUGAAUACCUUGUCAAUCUUCGAUCAUGUCACAAUUCGUUUGCUACUUAUUCGAGGAUCGUUUCCUAUAGUGUUACUUCCCUUGGUCCUGCGCUCAAGAAUUGUGAUACCGAAGUCAGGCAAAAAAUUCGAAACUUACUCAUCCUUUUUGCUAAUGGAAUUGGAAGCGGCGACUCUGAUGAAUAUGUCAACGUUGUGAAAAGUCUACUUCUCACCUUCCAAGAGAUCCUCAUCUUUGAUCCGUGCUUUAUUGAAGGUUUCACUAACUGGUUUCAUCUCGAGACUGUGGCGAUCGUUAAAUCUAAUGCCAAAGUUGGAGUCGGGCUUUUGGGACCAACGUCCCCAUGUCACGAGUCCAUUUUUCCCGUCUCGACCUCCAUUGAGCUCUACGAUUUAGCUUUUGGCAGUCUCCUUGAGAUGACGAAAGUGGGUGUAUCAACAUUGCAUAAGGAGAAUGUAAACUUGGCUUGGAUAGCGAUGGAACUUAAUCCAUGUCCAUCGUUGAUAGCCUUGAUUAAGUACUGGGUUGAUUCAAAGCCCGAAAUGGUGUGGUUCUCACAGGUGAACGCUCUUUUCAAACUGUCGGCUAGAAAACUUACUGGUCCCUUCCUUGAGCUUAACUACCAAGUGAAAUUGCUACCACUCACGCAAAGGCAAAAGAAGAAGAAUAGCGGCAAUAUUGACUUGAAGGAUGACGAGGUUCGGAAUAUUGUCAACGAGAGCCAAGAGACAGACGACAAGAAUGAACCAAUCACCUGGGAGUUCCGUCUGUUUUUGUAUGAUAUUAUCAUACAGAUAUUGACUGCAGCUGAAAAGAACCCGACGCUCACGUCUUCUCUCACUAGCAAGAUUCAGGAAAUUGUACGGAUGUCUUUUCUUGGAACUACUUCCCCAAUUCCAGCAAUCAAUUUGAAGGGUGUUGUUUUGCUUGAUAAGGCUCUCACGCUUUUUGGUCAUCUCGAAGACCCAGUAUACCCUGGAAUCUCCAUAUUGGAGCAACAACAAGCCCAGGUUAUAAGUGCACUUGUUCCGUGCUAUGGACCACAAAGCAACGCAAAACUUAUUGUUAACGCGAUCAGUGUUUCUUCGAAGUUCAUUAACUUGCCUAGGAUCAAGUUUUAUUCGAAGCAAAGAAUCCUCAAGACUUUGAUUUGUCUUCUAGAGGAAGUGUCCUCCAACAAGUUCUUAAAGUUCACUUACUUGGAAGCGAUGUCUGAAUUUAGCAGAAAAGCAAUUCAGCUUUCUAUUUUGAACUGUUGGGCCGAAGUCCGAAUCGACAUGCAGAACACGUCCGACGAUCCAAAUGAGGAAUUCAGCUCGAUUGUUGCCAAAUAUUCUGAGUUGUUGAUCUCUCUAUGGAUCUUGGCAUUGAACGAUCUUUCAACACUUCGCUACACACAGCCUUCCAGUCGUGAGAUUGAACUCUACACGGAUUGUUGGCUAAACUUUGUGGAGGUUUUGACUAUUGAGCUUGAACAAGAUCCAGAGAGGGUUACCAAGCUUCUUGAAGAUGACUCCAAAGACUUCUUCUUUGUCUUAUUCUGUCAAUGCACAGAGUCGUUGAUUAAGUCACACAAUACAACAAGGGUUCUUCUGUCCGUGAAGCGCCUUGUUACCAUUCCUGAACUCGUUGACAAUCUUUUGUCGGAUGAGGUGUUUGGUGAAGUCGUUGAUUUGCUUGACCGUCUCGUUCUCGUCGAGGAGGAGACAGAAGCCAGAGCAGAGGUAAUUGAUAUCGCACUGAGUUUAUCCAGAGUUUACCUGGAAAAAGCUACAACCGAAGAUAGAGCCGACAAAUUGUUGGAGCUAUUGCGAGUCGUUAUGCUUCCGCUUUUCAGUAUAUUUGCCUUUUUGAAGGACGAUUAUGAUCCUGAAGACGUUGUACAGCAAGUGGCAUUGAAGACUUGCAACUCCGCCUCAAACUUGUUGAUUCUCAAGAAGCUGCUUUCUGCUGUCAUAUCAAUGCUAAACGGUUUCCACGGAGAUGCUCAACUCAACGUCAGCUCCUGUUUGUUCUCCUUAUUCGCAAAGUUCUACGAACAUGACGAUGACAACCUAAUUGGUGUUAUUCUCCCAUACUUGAAGCUUGCUAUCAACAAGAUCGAAAGCGAAAAAGCCUCGCUAGUCAAUUCAUUUUUCGGAAUACUUCGGAAACAGGGAUUUUUCAAUUCUACCAGCAAUAAGAAUAAUCAUGUCAUCACUGUGGUUCUUUUGCUCACAAAUAGCGAGAUUACUCUUGAUUACAAUGAGUCAAGAAUUCUAGCUAAUGCAAUUUUAGGAUUGGUGGAAGAUUCAGAGUAUGCCUCAGCGGGGAUUCAAUCCAUCAAGUCUCUUUUGAGACAAUCAGAGAACCCCCUUGGAUCUCUCGUUGUUAAAAAUAUUCUAGAGAAGCUUUUGUUACAUUUGGCGGGAGAUGGUGAGGACAUGAAAAUCGACCUCCGCAUAGCACUUGAAAUUGUCAUUGUGUUUUCCCAAUCUGAGGCGAUCAGGAAUGAUUUGGGGAAAAGUAUCUCCCUUUAUGCGGCACUCAUACCACUCCUCGUAAAACACGCUGCCGCAGGCACGAUCGAUGAGGACUACCUACACGGUAAAACGGUGCUACUUUUGAAUAAGAACUCCGAAGCCUUCAAGACCGUCGUAAACGAAUACCUCGACGAAGACCAAAAAUCCAAAACUGAAAGAUUGGUGAAAAGAAGCUCUACAUCUAGCCAGGCUGAUUUGGCCAAUGACUCGGCCAUUGAAUUGAAGACUUUCGGGUAG